GAUUUUUAAUUAGUCUAUGGUCUAUUAAAUGAGUGGAAAAUCGCGGUGAUCAAGAUCGACUUUAGUUUUUAUUUUAAAUUUACAAUUUUUAUAAAUACUGUUAAAUAUUUCUGCUGAAUGAGUUUUAUUUGAAGCUAUAAACGAUGCCUCUGGCCAAUGCGACGGACCCAUGGCGAAUGCAGAGUGGAGAUGUCACUCGUGGCAUUACAUCACAGACUACAAACAGUCUUCCAAUGGUUGUUGAAAAUGCAGCGGAGUCACGGCAGGCAUCAACAACUGAAAGUCUUGAGUCCAAUGCAUCCAUAAGUGAUCAAAACUAUGAACAGGAAGUUGAGCUACAGGAUGUGGUUAAAGAAGGCCAUGAGAAAGCAGAUCCCUCUCAGUUUGAAUUACUCAAAGUCCUUGGUGAAGGUUCCUUUGGCAAAGUUUUCCUAGUACGAAAAGUCAGUGGUCCAGAUACUGGUACUCUUUAUGCUAUGAAGGUAUUAAAAAAGGCAACACUGAAAGUUAGAGACAGAGAACGCACAAAAAUGGAAAGAAAUAUUUUAGUUGAAAUGGGGCAUCCAUUCAUUGUUAAAUUACACUAUGCAUUUCAAACUGCAGGCAAAUUGUAUUUAAUAUUAGAUUUCUUGCGGGGAGGUGAUCUAUUUUCACGAUUAAGUAAAGAGGUGAUGUUCACAGAGGAAGAUGUUAAGUUUUACUUAGCUGAGCUAGCGUUAGCAUUAGAACAUGUGCAUAAGUUGGGAAUUAUAUACAGGGAUCUCAAGCCAGAGAAUAUAUUAUUAGAUGCGGAUGGGCAUAUUGCCCUGACUGACUUUGGUCUAUCCAAAUUGCCCCCUAGCGAUAAAGCCUACAGCUUCUGUGGCACUGUGGAGUAUAUGGCACCCGAGGUUGUUAAUAGGAAAGGACAUACAAUGGCUGCUGAUUGGUGGUCAUUUGGAGUUCUUAUGUUUGAGAUGUUGACUGGAAAUCUUCCCUUCCAUGGCUCAACAAGGCAUGAAACUAUGACACAAAUACUUAAAGCAAAACUUGGUAUGCCGUCUAAUUUAAGUGAGGAAGCACAAUCACUGCUUCGGGCUCUGUUCAAAAGAAAUCCACAUAACAGAUUGGGAGCUGGACCCAAUGGCAUUGAGGAUAUAAAGGAUCAUGAGUUCUUUGCAAACAUAGAUUUUGAUGCAUUGCUAAGAAAAGAGGUGGUGCCGCCGUUCCGGCCGGCGGUGUCGCGCGCGGACGACGCGUUCUACUUCGACUCGGAGUUCACGUGCCGAACGCCGCGCGACUCGCCCGGCGUGCCCGCCUCAGCCAAUGCACACGAACUAUUUAGGGGUUUCAGUUUCGUAGCACCGUGUCUACUAAAUGACGACAAUAACAAAACAGUGACAAAUCAAAAUCAGAACCAUGUAGCUCAAACCAAAACCUCUACCGAAGAAUUCUGGUCAGGAUUCGUAAAUAGAAACAAUUUCUUUGAUGAAUACAGAUUAAUGGGUGAAUUAGGCACAGGAUCGUUUUCUGUAGUCCGACUGUGUGAGCACAAGACAUCGCGCACACAGUACGCCGUUAAAAUAAUGGACAAGCUGCAAUACGAUCCAAGGGAAGAAAUCGAAAUUCUUUUAAGAUACAGCCAACAUCCUCACAUAAUAACCCUCCGUGGAGUUUACGAGGAAGGCGGUCGGAUACUGGCAGUGACUGAGCUGUGUCGAGGCGGUGAACUAUUGGAGUACAUCACGCAGCGGCGCUACUUGUCCGAGCGAGAGGCCGCGCCCAUACUGCGCAAUGUACUGCACGCCGUGCAUUAUCUGCAUCGCCACACUGUUGUGCACAGGGACAUAAAGCCGUCGAACAUCCUAUUCGCGACGGCGGAAAGGCGCGCGGCCGACGUGAGGCUGGUGGACUUCGGGCUGGCGAAGCAGUUGCGCGCGGAGAACGGCCUCCUCAUGACACCGUGCUACACGGCCAACUUCGUGGCGCCCGAGGUGCUCAAGCGAGCGGGCUACGACGCCGCUUGCGACAUCUGGAGCUUAGGUGUAUUGGCGUAUAUCAUGCUCUCCGGCAGAACGCCUUUUGCGUCCACUGGGGAUGACACGCCUGAAGCUAUUUUAGCCAGGAUCGAGUCUGGCAAGGUGGAGACAUCAAGCGGCGCGUGGCGGAACGUUUCGGCGGAAGCGCGCGCGUGCGUGCGGCGCAUGCUGCAGCUGGAGCCGGCGAUGAGGCCGCGCGCGCACGAGCUGCUGCGCGAGCCGUGGAUCAGCCGCGACGACCCCGAGCCCGUCGCCGCGCCGCGCGCGCCCCCGCCCGACGACGAGCCUCCCCAGCAGGACCUGAGGCGUGCGGUGGACCUCACAUUCCAGGCUAUGACUUCUGCACCAAUGACACCUCACAUACUGGGCCCGGUCACACAAUCGACUCUUGCGCAGCGUCGUAUCAAACCGCAACGCCGGUUCCCGCCUACGCAAGUGUAAAGACAGGUAUACAGGAAAUUGUAGCGACUCUCCUUUCCCUUGACACUUGGCAGUUGAUUGCUGAACAUUUACAUCAGACAUCGUAGGUUUCAAGUUAUUAAUAAACAAGACACAGGAGUUACAUACGCCAACUUUGCCAAUGUAUGGAGAAGUCAAGAGAUGAUCUGAUUUGAGAUCUCACCCGCUAUUUUAUCUCUGUGUGUCAAAAGUACGAUUUUAGCCCUUAAUUUAAAGGUGAACCGUACUUUUGACAUGACAUGACAGUUGACAGAUAGA